UCCUCUCGCGCACCGCGACUAGUCCUUCGUCUACCUGGCUGCUCAUAAAACCGUUCCCACUCCAUCGCUGGGGAAAACCACGCGUUCAGCGACCUACAGCCGCUGACGUAACGAUGCCAGGUACCGAAUAACGUCGAGAAGAAAGAAAAUAUAUUUAACCCUCGAGCGCGUGUCCACCUCGACAAAGUCACGCUCCGAUACGCACGACCACACGCGCGCACGGGAGAGAGCAGUUCACGCGCGGCAGAUGCUUCCCAGUCCUCGCUGAGAUGAUGGCUCUGUGGACGCUCUUCUGCAUCCUCGCCAUUGUGAAAAGCAGUGAUGGGGCAGAUACAGAAGAGAGACUGGUGGAGCAUCUUCUAAAUCCAGCCCACUACAACAAACUGAUCCGACCAGCGACUAAUGGCUCAGAACUGGUGACAGUGCAGCUGAUGGUCUCGCUGGCUCAGCUCAUCAGUGUGCAUGAGAGAGAACAGAUCAUGACCACCAAUGUCUGGCUUACACAGGAGUGGCAGGACUACCGGCUAACAUGGAACCCAGAUGAGUUUGAUGGCAUGAAGAAGGUCCGUCUUCCCUCCAAACAUAUUUGGUUACCUGAUGUUGUUCUUUACAACAAUGCUGACGGCAUGUAUGAGGUGUCUUUCUACUCAAAUGCUGUCAUCUCCUACGAUGGAAGUGUCUUCUGGCUGCCACCAGCGAUCUAUAAGAGUGCCUGUAAAAUUGAGGUGAAGCACUUUCCCUUCGACCAGCAGAACUGCACAUUAAGCUUCCGCUCGUGGACCUACGACCGCACAGAAGUGGACCUGGUUCUGCGUGCGGACGUGGCUAGCAUGGACGAUUUCACACCCAGUGGCGAGUGGGACAUCAUCGCUCUGCCCGGCCGGCGCAACGAGAACCCCUCGGACCCAACCUACGUAGAUAUCACCUAUGACUUCCUCAUCCGGCGCAAACCCCUCUUUUACACCAUCAACCUCAUCAUUCCUUGCGUCCUCAUCACCUCGCUGGCCAUCUUGGUCUUCUACCUUCCGUCAGACUGCGGGGAGAAGAUGACGCUCUGUAUCUCAGUGCUACUGGCCCUCACUGUGUUCCUGCUGCUGAUCUCCAAAAUUGUGCCGCCCACGUCUCUCGACGUCCCUCUGGUCGGGAAGUAUCUGAUGUUCACCAUGGUGCUGGUCACGUUCUCCAUUGUGACAAGUGUGUGCGUGCUGAACGUGCAUCACCGGUCACCCACCACACACACCAUGCCUCCAUGGGUGAAGCUAGUGUUCCUCAACAAGUUACCUGCUUUGCUUUUCAUGCGGCAGCCGUGCAACAGCAGCGAGCGUCAGCGUUUGCGCCAACGCCGGCGUGCCAACGAACAGCAGGAAGGUGGGCGAGCGGGUCUGGCUGCUGGGCUCAUGGCGGGUUUGGGCCUGGGCGGCUCUUCGUCGGGGAGCAAAGAGAACAAUGAGGCGUGCACAUGCUAUGUGAACCAGACCUCAGUUAAACAGUUUGGGGCAGAGUUGCGUGGCGGAGGGGGGUCGACAGAUGGACUAAACGGGAUAAGGGAAAGUGGGAGAGAGGCCAGGGAAGGAGGUUCAAAUCCAUUGCAAAGCUCUGCUCUACCUCAGGGAAAGCAGCAGCCCCCUACAGUCCUCACCCAGGCUCUGCUGGCCCAGGCCUGCCCAGGGUUCGAGGAGGCUGUAGACGGAGUCCGCUUCAUCGCAAACCACAUGAAGAGCGAGGACGACGACCGUAGUGUGAGUGAGGACUGGAAGUAUGUGGCCAUGGUGAUCGAUCGUCUAUUUCUCUGGAUCUUUGUGUUUGUGUGUGUCUUUGGCACAAUCGGAAUGUUCCUUCAGCCUCUGUUCCAAAACUACACAGUCAAAACUAUCACCAACACACCCGGCUGACUAACCACCAUCCACCGCCACACCAAUGGACACCCACCAUCAGUUGCGACGGGAGGGCGAAGGGAGGAGGGGGGGUCUGCCGAAGGAGAGGGCAAAUGUCACUCUGGACUAACGUUAGGUUUAUACGAACCUUUUUUGGAAUAUCACACAGAGUGGGGAUUUAGUCCAGGAUUCUCGUUCAGGCCUCUCGUCCAGUCCACCUUCCCGUCCUUUUAGCCAAUCGGAGACAAAGGAGACACCUGUUUACUUUGCUCAGCAGCCAAUCAGCACUCUUCUCUGCAAAUGGAAAGCCAUCCACCGCCCACAAGCUCCAAAACGAGCAGUCUGCUUCCUCAAGAGUCACAUGACUUCUGUUUGUUACCUGUACAUGUAAGAUAGUCAGACAAGGAUGAAUUUAAAUGUCAGUUUUAACAUUGUUUCUAUCUGAUUUUCAUCUGUCUUAUUUAUUUCUUAUGGACUAGAAGCCUGUCAUGAUCCAUGUACUGCAACAACAUUCUCUUUUCUGUGCGAACACACGAGUGUCUGGUCCUUCAGAAUGGGCUUUGAUGCAGUAUUGUAUUAUUAUUGAUAUAAUAAAUGUGUGAAUUGUAUUACUACAACACACAACAUGAAGAGGGAGGAUGCCUGGUGAGAUAUGAAACACAGUGACAGUGACUGUUUAUAAAGACUGAAGGAAUGGUGGUAAAGUCAGUUGAAUUUGCCAAAAGGGGGGCCCGCUGUGAUCUAGGACAGGGUUCCCAGUUCCCACCCAUAAAAAUCUCGUCCCGAGCCAUGUGAUUUUUCAGUACAACACUGAACAGAUGAGCUCUGAGCUGAAUGAGCCCGUUUAGCCCCUAAAUUCUUUACAGAGGUCUGCAGUGGUCAGGCAGACUGGCUAAAACAUAGAUAGACGAGUCUUAAAAAACCUGAGAGUUCAAAAUUAAGAGACUGAGAGGCCAAACUGACAUGAAAAGUCAUGAUGAAAUUCUGAGCAGUACUGCGCUAUUUAUUAGGCCUCCUGUACUUGCUUGCAUUUCAUCUCCUUUCUGUCUGUCUUCUAUCCUUCUUGUCUAUCUCCCCUGUUCCCAUCAAUCCUCGCACACCACAUUACUGCCUCCUCAGAAACACAUAAUAGCUUCUCAUGAAAAUAUAAACCAUUGGUUAUGACCAUUCUCAUAUUCAAAAGCACAUUUAGUCAGUGACUCAUUGACUUCCUUGAUUUUAAGUCAUUAUUUACUGGAUAUAAAUGUCAGUGAACCUGUGUUUGCAAAUCAGCAGAUCUAAGGAUAAUUUGAACACUUGUCAUUCCCAGAGUCUGUGCUUCUUGUUUGUUUAUUAAGUUUUUUGGCAAAUUUGGAUAUUAUUUAUUUGUAGAAUUACAGUACUUCCAGCUCUAUUUAACACAUUUGAUUUAAAUAUUUAAACUACCAUUUAAAAGUUUGGGAUCUGUAAAGUUUUAGAAGCCUCAU